AGUAGUUCUCGAUCAAGUCACCGCUCCAGCGGGCGCAUUCUUUCUGGCUCUUAUACAGGUUUUUUCUCUCGUGUAUUGUUGUUACUAUCUAGGAGUUAAACAGAAUCGGCGUCCUAUUCCUCCUUGAGUGUCUCCGUCAUGUCUGCCUCCCCCACAUCGCAAGGAGCUGGAGACAGCCGCAUGACGAUGUCACCUGUCGAAGACCCGUCCCAGCUCUCCGCCGAGGAGCUGCUUCAGCAGAUUGUGGAGCUGGUGAACACCGUUUUGGACCGUCACUACUCGUUGGUGGAGUUCGAUGCGCUGGGCGGCAUGGACCUCCUGCAGGUCGUCAACGACAUUUUUGCCAAACUGCAGCCGAACAUGAAGAUGGACAUGCAGUCCGUCUCCCCGGAUGAGUCCGUGGCGAAGAUGCUAGACUUCCUCUUGAAGAUUCUCGGCUACCGGGUGCCGGUCUUCAUCCAGGGCAGCUUCCCGCAGAGCUUUGCCGACGCGGAGCCCGUGGUGGUGUACCCGACGAUGUACUGGAUCCUCACCCACAUGGAGCUGAAUGAGAAGCGUGUCUACCUGGCACGUUUCCUGCAGCAGCUAGAUGUGCCAGACGAUAUCCGCGCACAGGACGAGGACGUACGUGGGCUCUACAUGCAGUACCAGGCGCUGCGGACGGAGUUCAUCAAGGCCCACCAGAGUGUGGAGCGGCUGCGCUCGACCUUCGCAGACCCGGUCGACACCCGUCGCAAGGUGGCCGCGCUCGAAGAGGAAAAAGAGCGCCUGCAGGGUUACGUCGAGGCGGCACGGAAGAAGCUUGCGACGGUGCCCGAGAAGGAGAUGCUGCUCGCGGCGAGUAAGUCGUUGCGGAUAGCACGCGAGGAGAGCGCGAAGUUGGCGGAGCGAGAGGUGGAGCAGCAGCAGGCGAAGGUGUUUGCCGAGGCCCGCCGCACCGAGAUCAGCACACGACUGCAGAACCUGCGCCGCGAUGCCGCGGAUGGACGGGUCGAGAUGAUGAUCCGACGCAUGAAGGAUGAGACAGAGACGAAUCGAAUGAAGUUGCAAGACCAGCUGCCGCAAGAGCUGGAGGCCGUGCGAAACGAAAACGCGGAGCUGGAGAAGCUCGUCUCGGAGCCGCUGGACAUGGCCUCGCUGACGGCGCAAGAGCGCAAGCUGGAUGACGAGCUACGGACACUGAAUCAACGCAUCGCGCAACGUCAGCAGCCCGGCGCAGAUGGCGCCUCGCUGCCUCGUUUCCGUGAUCAGGUGCAACGCGUGCUGGCCCGUAAGCAGGAGGUGCUGAACGAGCUGAGCUCCCUGCAGGCGGAUAACAACAAGGCAUUGAAUGAUAUUCGUGAGCGCCAGCUUCGCAUUACGCAGCUGCAGUCGGCGACCAACAUGCUGCGCAGCGACGACUUCCGCGACUUCUCGAAUCAGGUGCGUGCGAAGAAGGCGGCGACGGAGGGCAUGCGGACCCGUCUUGCCGAACUGCGCACGGAGUGGGGCACGCUCACCUUCACUGAGGGGACGCUGCAGGAGCAGUACAACGAGCUGGACGCCGCUAUUGGGGAUCUGGAGAGCAAGUUGGGUCUUCAGGGCUACAGCCGCACCGUGGAGGCCCUCUCGAAACUGACGCACGAGAAGGACGCGAUUGAGGAGGUGAAGGGGAAAACACUCGAAGAGCUGUCGCGCGUGGUGCAGGAGUUCACGCUGGCCAUUCGCGAGGGCCGCACACGGCUGGCGCCGCUCAUUAACGAGCUGCGUGCUGUGCGGCAGACGGCGGCGGAGGUAGAUCAGGAGUGGUCGGAGAAGAAGUCCCAGUACGAGUACCAAGAAAUGCUGCUCACGGAGGAUAUCCAGAAGAUAGACGAAGAGGUGACGAAGCUGAAGGAGGAGACGUCCGCCAACGAGUCCCUCUACCACCGAGUGCGCACGCAGGGCAUCCUACUCGAUGCCCAGGCGCAGCGCACGGCGGAGGCAAAAAAGUACCGCAGCGACCCCAGCGCCUCCUUAGACCCGCAGCACAAAACAUACGCCGACUACUUCAACGACGUCACCCGCACGUUGGAGGCGCGGACAAAGGAGAUGCAGGUGAAGCGGCGCGAGUUGGAGGACACGCACGACACGGGCGUGCAGCAGGUAGAGUGGUUCAGCGCACUGCACACAAUUCUGCAGGCGAAGCUGGCCAGCUUGCAGGCGGCCGCGCCGGUGGUGGGGGCUGCAGAUCCGCGUCGCAGCAUCGACGAUGAUAUUCAGCAGGUGAUGGGCCGUGCGGGUGGGGCUGAUAUGCUCGUGCUCAACGCGAACUAA